AUGACUGUGUUCGAAAGUCAAUCAGCAGCAAGCCAUGCCGACUACGUGCGCAUUCCUUGUAUCGUCUUCUUUGCAAUUACGCCCAUAUUUCUAGUUAUUCGGGUAUAUAAUCGCAUAUCGAGGAGGACUGGUCUCGGCUGGGACGAUGGCACCAUCAUCAUCUCCUAUUUCUGCACAUUGACUGUCAUGAUUUUCAUGAUGGUAUCUGUGGAGGCCGGUUUUGGAAAGCACAUCAAGACGCUUUCGAGGCCCGACAAGCUCAAGACACUACAGAUGUUUUACAUUGCCCAGAUCUUCUACAAACUCACCAUUAAUCUCACCAAGACCUCGAUUCUAUUACUGUAUCGUCGAAUCUUUGUUCAACAGUGGUUCCGAUAUAGCUGCAACACAUUGAUCUGCAUCAUUAUGGCUUACUGUGUUGCCACCACAGCCUCUUCCAUCUGGCAAUGCACACCCAUUCCUUUCGCUUGGGACAAGUCCCUCCAUGGCAGCUGCAUCAGCAUGAUCAAGAAUUGGUAUGCCAAUGCCGGCUUCGCCAUUGCCACGGAUGUCUUGAUCCUCAGCCUUCCGAUGCAACCUAUCUGGGCUAGCAAGCUUCCUGUCAACCAGAAGCGUGCUCUCAUGCUUAUUUUUGCUCUCGGUGGUUUUGUCACCGUCACCUCAAUCCUGCGCGCCACGACCCUCAACUUUUCCAUCACCUCGCCCGACGUAACAUACGACAUUUCAUCCACGCUCUGGACCAUGAUUGAGAUGAACGUCGCCAUCAUCUGCGCAUGUCUUCCGAUGUGCCGCAUGGUCCUCGCCUGGAUACUUCCUGGUCUCUUCGGAUCCAUGACCGUCUCGUCUACGGCAAAGAAUGCCCAAUCCUCCGGCUCGUCCGAUCCCACAAUAACCAUUGGCCACCGGCGCCUGCGCUCUCUCAACGGCGAGUGGGCACCCUAUGCCAGGCCAAGCAAGGCCGAGGGCAUGAGUCACAGCUCUGUGCAUCAUCACGAGCAGACCAGCGAGGAUUUCAUCCUUGCACCGUAUCAGAAAGCCUACCUUCAGGAGGAUUCCGAUGGUGUUAUCCGCAAAACCACUCAGUACGAGGUGUACUACGAGCACGAGGACUCCAAGGCCGAGAACGGGCGAUCCAAUACCACCCGCGUGUACGCUGUAUGA